UGGACUGCUCCAACACCUCUAUGUAUAUCUCUCUUCCUUCCGCCUCCGUUCUUCUUCCUCUGUAUCAUUGACACAAAAAUUGCCCACAGCUCAAGCUACCUCUCUCUUUCUCUCUCUCUCUCUCUCUAACAUGAAAUUCAAAACAACUCCAAUCAGUUGAAACUACAAACUUAGAACAUGGAAAUCAUCCUCAAACUCAUCCUCAUCACAUCACUUCUCACAUUUGGAGAAUCCUCAUGCAACACCACAGACCAACAACUAAUCUCCAAAGCUUUCAGCUCAGUCUCAGGUUUCAAUCCCUCUAUGUUAUUCAAUCACCCCAACACUAGUUGCCCAAACCCUCCAAUCACAUCCCUAAACCUCUCAUCAAGAAACCUCUCUGGCACUCUCUCAUGGAACUUCCUCAGAAGCCUCUCCCAGUUGAAUUCAAUUGACCUCUCCAACAACUCUCUCCAAGGCUCUGUUCCAGGCUGGUUCUGGUUCAUCAAGACUCUCACUCACGUCAAUCUGGCUAAGAACAGGUUUGGAGGGUCGAUUGAGUUCGAACCCACUUCAGAUAUGGUCCCAUCUUCUUCAACCCAGGUGCUCAAUUUGUCAUCCAAUAGGUUCACCAACUUGGCUAACCUCUCUGCUUUCCCUAACCUCUCUGUUCUUGACCUCUCUCACAAUGAUCUUAAAGUCUUGCCUUUUGGGUUCAGUAAUCUAACCAAUCUUCAAUAUCUUGACAUCUCAAGCUGCCAAAUCGAAGGAAAUUCAAAACCCAUUUCGGUUCUUCACUCAUUGAAUCACUUGGAUUUGUCAAACAACAAAAUGACUGGUUUUUUUCCCUCUGAUUUUCCUCCUCUCUUUGGCCUCAAAUUCUUGAAUCUCUCAUUCAACAGUUUCAAUGGUCAAAUGAGUCCAAACAUGGUUCAAAGAUUUGGAAACUCUGCUUUUGUUCAUGCUGGUGAUUUCAAUUUCAACACAAACCCACCUAACAAAACACCCAAAAAUCACAAACCCAUCAAGAAACAGAGACCCAAAUCAUCAAAAAACAGAGCUCUGAUCUUGGCCUUGUCAGUUUCAUCAUCAAGUAUUGUUUUGGCUGCUGUCGUGGCUAUGUAUUGCAUGUACAGGAAGAGAGAGAAGGCUAGAAUGAAGAACAAAUGGUUAAUCUCUCUACCCAUUCAAAUACCUUACAAGACGGACAAAUCAGGACCGUUCAGUUUCGAAACCGAGUCAGGAUCAUCAUGGGUUGUAGACCUCAGAGAACCAUCAUCAGCCCCGGUGGUGAUGUUUGAGAAGCCAUUGAUGAACCUCACUUUCAAGGACCUGAUUGCUGCCACGUCACACUUCGGCAAAGAAUCAUUGUUGGAUGAGGGGAGGUGUGGGCCAGUGUACAGGGCUGUGCUGCCGGGUGAGCUACACGUGGCGAUCAAGGUGCUGGAGAAGAUCAGAGCCGUUGAUUGUGAUGAAGCUGUGGCAGUGUUUGAAGACUUGGCUAGGGUUAGGCAUCCCAACUUGUUGCCCAUUUCUGGAUACUGCAUUGCAGGUAAAGAGAAGCUAGUAUUGUACGAGUUCAUGGCCAAUGGUGACUUGCACCAAUGGCUUCACGAGCUCCCAACUAUGGCCCCCAACGUGGAGGAUUGGAGCACUGACACGUGGCAGCAUAACAACAUCGAAGAUAGUAGGUCCCACAUAUCUUCACUAGGAAAGAUGGAAUGGCGCACGCGCCACCGCAUCGCCGUAGGUAUUGCCCGUGGACUCGCUUACCUCCACCACGCGCGGUCAAAGCCGGUGGUUCACGGCCACUUGGUGGCCUCCAACAUCUUACUUGCCGACGACCUUGAACCCCGAAUCACCAAUUUCGGAUUGAGUCAAGACCAAGUUGGUGGGUCCACUGAGUCCGACGUGUAUGGUUUUGGUGCGGUGUUGAUGGAGUUGUUGACCGGUAAACCUGGGUCGGACGAGAUGGUUGGGUUGGUGAGGAGGUUGGUGAAGGAUGGACACGGAGUGAGUGCUUUGGAUGAGAGGUUGAGACUCGGCGAUGUUGACUCAGUGAGUGAGAUGGUGGAGUGCCUCCGAGUUGGGUACUUGUGUACUGCGGAAACACCUGCGAAAAGACCCACAAUGCAACAGGUGGUUGGUCUUUUAAAAGACCUACAUCCCCUCCACGGUGCAGCUCAACUGAGUUGACUCACCUCGUCAACACAUUUUGUAUUUUCAAGAUUUUCUCAAAAUUGCAAUCCCAGCCGGUGACUCGCACGGUUUUUAUCAAAAAUUUUAUCAAAUACUCACGUAAGUGUGAGUCGUGUGAGUCCUUCACUCAAAUGAGUGUUGUGUUAAUUUUUUUUUGUAUUUCUAACAUUGCUUGUAAUUAAAGGAUCCGCGGCACAAGAGCAUGAGGAUAUUA